AUGUCUUCUUCCGAUGGCACAGAAUCAGCAGGAGUUACAGGUGCCAUGCUACCAGAGCCGUGGCUUAACGUGGGUAGCAGCCUCAAGUGCCCGAUUCAGGGUCUAUAUCAGCCAGAUCGUGUCCUGACACUACAGGGACAUUUCGAGUUUGACGCGUUUGCUACUGCCGAGCUGUGCUACAAAUUUGCUAGCCAAUUUGGCUGGUCCCAGGAAGUACUGGACGCCCAUUUGGAAUCUAUCAGGCGCUCAGUGAGGCCAGGCAGAGAGGAUGAGGACGAUUCGAAGGUAGCUGCAGAGGCAGUGCUGUUGUUUUUCGCCGGAGAGGAUGUUAGAGUGGAUGCAUAG